GGUUAUAAUCUCUCUUGCUUUACGCACGUGCGUAUUUCAUGUGGAGGGCACAAACACAGCAGCUAUGGAGACAUACAGGAGGUGUUUGUGGUGGAACAGACACACUUCUGCCUUUACUAACAGACAGAUGGAGACUCAGUGAGAUGUGAGAUACCUCUGUGGACUAAUGGACCUCUCAGACAUUUGGACCAUAUAUUACUGAGCCAGCUGCCCUUCACAGUGCCUUUGGACACCCACCUGUCUCAAUAUGUGGAUAUUCAGUGUUUUGCAUCAGCACAAGUUGCUCUCUGUUUGGACUAGAAGCUUGCAGAAGCCUGGUUUAAUCUCAAGAGGGGGCUCACAGUUUGCUUCUUACCAUUUUACAGCUACUCUCCUGUGUCCAGAGGACAGCACGGCGUUGAAGAGGCGUCGCAGAGUGUCCAUUGCCUCCAGUGUCCAACGCAAACCUGUUGCAUCUGAUGGAUGGCAGCAUCGUGAGAGGUCAGGUCAGAGUAAAGCGUGGAAGAAUGACAUCCCGGUGUUGCAGAAGCCAAAUCAGAGGAGGGGUGAGGACAACAGGGUGUCGUCUGAACUCAGGAAGCUGUGCAUAGAGGAUUUCCCCGCAGACAGGGAGAGGCAGCUGAAACAGAAGUCAACACCGGACUCCAAAGUAGAGAACUAUGAGAUUGUUUUUGGCAUCGCUCCCUGCGUCUUGGCGCUCACUCAGGGUAGAAGGAAGGCCCACAAACUGUUUGUAAAAGAUGGAGAGGCCUCUCUCAGGGCCUCGAUGUUAAAGGUGUGCGAGGAGGCUCAUCGGCGAGGAGUACACAUCCAUCGGGUCAGUAAGAAGGAUCUGGACAAGAUGUCUUCUGGGCGAGUACAUCAAGGAGUAUGUCUGCAAGCCAGUCCUCUGCAUUAUCUCACUGAAAACAGCGACUCUGCACCCAAAAGAAACAACAACACCCCUCUCUGGCUUGUCCUGGAGGGAAUUCAGGACCCGAUGAACCUCGGUGCCAUCCUGCGCUCUGCCUAUUUCCUUGGUGUGGACAGAGUCGCCAGCAGUCUCCGCUCGAGCUGUCCACUGUCUCCGGUGGUCAGCAAGGCCAGCUCCGGCGUCAUGGAGGUGAUCGGGGUGUACGGGUACAAGAACCUUGAAGAUAUGCUCAGGUCAAAGGUGGAACAGGGCUGGCAGGUGGUCGGCACAGUGGGAGCUGAAGCAGAGCAGUCAAACAUUCCCGUCACCCAGUGUUCAGACUUUCAGAUGACCAAACCUACGUUGCUGUUGAUGGGCGGUGAGGGGGAAGGCUUGUCCAAGGAGCUGCUCUCUCUGUGCCAAACCCUUCUCACCAUCCCUGCUGGCAGAGAGUUGUUCCCGGGUAUAGAGUCUCUCAACGUCUCUGUAGCCACAGGCAUCCUGCUGCACUCACUGCUGUCCUCCAGGAGGUCGACCAGAUGAUAACCACCAAAAAUAUUCUGUGUUCUCAAACCGAAGAUGCGAAGUAACUGAGAAUUAGCCAGGGCAACAAAGCAGAAGGCUGAUGAUAUUCUAUAUUUUGCUUAUUGUCAACGAACUCCACGAGCCAAAGGCCCCAAAUCAACAAUUAAAUUAAUGUUUUAUGUGUCCAGCGCCUGGUAUUUCUUUCUGUAAGUGCUCACUAGAGCAUCAAAUAGUAAAAUAAUCUCCAUCAAAAGCACUGUUUAAUUCUGAUAGAGUACUUUGUAGAUGGUAAGAAAAAUCUAGAAUAACAGCAGGCUUAUCCUUUAAAAAUGUUGCUCUGUUACUCACUUGAAUUAGCUGAUAUUAUUAUAGUUAUGUCUGCCUGUGUUUUGUGCUACUGGCCUUAUGUAAUAAAUGUAUUUUUCAUGCUCUUGUUGUGAGAUUUUGAAUUAAAAUAAUACUUGAUCAUAUU